UCUCUCUUUCCCUCUCCAUCUCUGAUUAGAUACACUGAUUCUCCGUUCAAUGGACGUCAUUUAGUGCAGACUCUGCCUUGAGUUGCUUCCUCGCUUCACGCUCGAUUUCCGACCAUUCUUCUCUUAUUAAGUAUUCGUGUUAUAUUAAUAGUCAUGAAUAUCUGCUAUUAGGAGUCCGAGGGAAGAAGCUGAUCUCGGCUAAUAUGAGCCGGAGCCAGGCUGCUCAGUUAUAGAGCGAGAAGACAGAAGGAGGAUAUGAAACAUUCUAAAUAAUAAUCUACGAGACAUAACACUGCAUUUUAAAAUCAAAUGAAGGGCAACGGGAAUUUAACCAAAUUCUGAUGGAUUACUGCGCUUCGGCGGUGCACAUAUGAACAUCGACACUGUGAACUGCCAGUAGUGUGUUGCUGGGCUUAUUUAAAUUGCGUUUACUUUUUGUUAUUUUAUCGGCUUUUAUUUGUUUCCUUUUAUCCCUAAAAUUCUGCUGUCAGAAUUUUUCGAAUCGUUUCGCAGAUGUUAGUACACAGUUUUUCCGCGAUGGAUCGUCACGACGGUAGCAAUGGGACGGCCAGAUUAUCUCAGCUGGGGAGCGUGGCUCAGUCUCCGUACGCCAGCGCUCCGCCGCUCUCCCACACUCCCAACUCCGACUUCCAGCCCCCGUACUUCCCUCCACCUUACCAGCCCAUCUACCCGCAGUCUCAGGACCCUUACUCGCACGUCAACGACCCCUACUCCCUCAACUCUCUGCACAGCCAGCCGCAGCCGCAGCACCCCGGCUGGCCGGGACAAAGGCAGAGCCAGGAGAGCAGUUUGCUGCAUCAGCAUCGCGGCUUGCCGCCUCAGCUAUGUCGGGACUACCGGAGAGAAGUCCUUCUGCCGUCGGGACACGGAAUCGAUUCUGGACUGACAGAUUCUAUCUCUAUCCAUGGAAUACCUCAUCCCCUAGAAGAUGUUCAGCACGUCGAAGAGCAAGGCAUAAAUAUUCAAGACCAGACUGUCAUUAAGAAAGGUCCGGUUUCGCUCUCUAAAAACACAGGCAGCACCAUCUCCACCAUCCCCAUGAGUAAGGAUGGGCUCUUCGGCGGCGUGAUAAACCCCAACGAAGUGUUCUGUUCUGUUCCGGGUCGCCUGUCUCUGCUCAGCUCAACAUCAAAAUACAAGGUCACGGUGGCGGAAGUGCAGAGACGCCUCUCUCCGCCCGAGUGCCUGAAUGCCUCUCUGCUGGGAGGAGUGCUGAGGAGGGCUAAAUCUAAAAACGGUGGAAGGUCCUUAAGAGAAAAACUGGACAAAAUUGGGUUAAACCUACCAGCAGGCAGACGCAAGGCCGCAAACGUUACGCUGCUGACGUCACUAGUGGAGGGCGAAGCAGUUCAUCUUGCUAGAGAUUUUGGUUAUGUCUGCGAAACGGAGUUCCCAGCCAAGGCAGUAGCCGAAUAUGUAAACCGUCAGCAUUCUGACCCAAAUGAACAAGUCCAAAGAAAAAACAUGCUACUAGCGACAAAACAAAUCUGCAAAGAAUUCACAGACCUGCUUUCCCAGGACCGUACUCCCUUGGGGAAUUCCCGACCACAGCCUAUUCUUGAGCCAGGGAUUCAGAGCUGUUUGAGCCACUUCAGCCUAAUUUCGCAUGGAUUCGGUACCCCGGCAAUGUGCGCAGCCCUCACGGCGUUACAGAACUAUCUGACGGAAGCCGUAAAAGCCAUGGACAAGAUGUACCUCAACAAUAACAACCACAAUGACAACGGCACCAAAAGUGGAGAUAAAGAGGAGAAGCACAGGAAGUGAGUCACCUCGCACAAGUAGUCCAUUAUAAAUAUUUAGCGAUACAAAUGAUCAAGAAAUCGUACAGACCACCCCCGGAUCCUACGAUUUUACAUCAGUUUCAUCACAUUUCAACUGUGGAAUCAUGGGAAGUCAGGCACCCCUCCAAUUAAAUUAAAUAAUCACACGGAAAAAGAGAUGGAGCUGCUUGAAAAUAAAUAAAUAAGUGAAUAAUAGGAGCCCCCGUCACUUCGAGGACUUUUGCUGUCCCUCCCCCCUCUUUAUGAGCUGCGACGGACAGAUGAAUUUCAGCAACCCUCAUAUAUCGCAAGUUACGAUUGUAGCCAUAUGAAGAGAAAGUAAAAGGAUGCAUUUUUAUCAGUAUUGUGAAAAAUAAACUUGAAAAAAAAAACACAGUUCCAUGUCAUGACUUCAGUGAUAGACUUCCACGCCAAGGUAAAGCGACCAACUUGAAUUUUGAAUUCUAACACGAUUCACGGUUAUAUAAGGGAAUCAGUGUUCAUGUAUGUAUAUAUUUAUUUAAGUGUAAUUUAAUGGGAAUUGUAAAUAUGGUGCGUCUGUUGAAGCUUUUUUAUUUAUCUGGUUCCUCCUGUUUUAGUGGGUUUUAUUCGAUUAGUUUUUCAUGUGGUUUCAUGGUUGUUAGCAAACACGUUUCUUAUUUUCCUCUGGGAUCUUUUCAUUCAGCCCUCCUGUAGCAUGUUGAGGCGACAAGGAAGCACCUGAACAAACUCCUAGAAAUAAACUUUCGUUUUCCUGUACUUCAUUAUUCGAUUUUAAAACGAAUACAGCAAAACCGACAAGAUAACGAGAGACGAACUGUUUUGUGUUCGGGUUUUCGUUUGACAGGAAAAUGUGUUAUGUGCCAAGCGGAUUAUAAUUUACCCUUUGCUCUUUCCUUGAAGCAUCAUUACAGCAAUAAAUGGAUAUUGUCUUUUGAUUUUUUUAAACGUUUGAAAGAGUUGAACAUUUUUGAGGCCACGUGACACCCUGUAGGCCCGUGUCCAGUGUCUGGAUUGGAGGCGGCUUUCCGUGUAGCUGUGUUGUAUUGAGCUGUGCUGACAGCUUCUCAUUCUUGUCUAUGUAUUAUAGUCCUUUGUUGCCCAGAAAAUAAAUAUUUGAUACGCUUUAUGUCGAUGGUUA